UUUUUCUUUCAGCUGGGUCAUUGUGCCAAGUUAGUAUAUGUAGCUUUCUGGCCUCAACUUUUGUACACUUUGACGGUAACCAACAUAUUUUACUUCACUUUGGGUUCCCGAGUGUCACUGAUGACGAGCCGCACAGCUAAAAUACUCAUCUUGUUCAGUCUGGCCCCCAAACAAGCUCAUCACUAUCAACCAGGGAAGUUGGAGAAUGAUUAUUGAAUCUCAUUUGCUUUUCCUGUGUUUUUUUUAUUCAACAUCAGGUGAUUUUUAUUUAGUGCUAUAAAAUAAAACCAUUGGCAAAGGGAGCUUUGUGAGGUAAAGCAGGACUGUCUGAACCUUUUUAUAUACAGUCUAUGGUCUGAACCUGACAAAAGAUAGGAGCCAUAAUUCUGCCACACAAUGUGUCUGCAGUGAUUCAUUUUUCAAGUGAAAGUUUUAUAAACAUAAGAUUAUUUCCACCCCAUCCUCAAAAUGAACAACUGUUUGACACCAAAUACAUUUAGAGUAUUCCGGCUGUUUGAUUUAUUUUCAUGGCAUAUGUUGGGGCAAUGCCAGAAAUACCCUCGACUAUAUUUCUGUAGCACAAUUUCACAAUGAAUUCCUGCAUACUCAGGAUAUAAUUAGGAGUGUCCGAUAAGAGCCAUGUGCCUGCAGUCAUUUUUUAAAAUUUAUUUUUUAUAUUUUUGUCAAUGCUUCAUUGUGGAUUAUUGAAUUCAAAAUGUGCUUUGCUAUCAGUGAACCCCCCCUCCUGCUGUAUGAAUAUGCCCUGUGUUGUGCGGAGUUCUGCCUGCUCGCAAAGAACUUCAUUGAUCCUAGCAUGAGCACGUAUUAUCCUUUUCUUCCCAUUGGUCUGAUCAGUCAAUAUUUAUUGAUUCAUUUAUCAUUUAUAUUUCUGAGGAGUUCGUUUGCGUUAAAAUGUGGACAAAUCCUAAACUGCCCAACUCAAUCAAAUAAAAGAGUCAAUAGACAAAACAGAUUAAAAUAUUCGUUGCUAACUUGAGGGGGAGAGUGUACGUCUCCCAGCCUGUUUGCCAGUUUGUCCUGAACAUAGACUUUAUACUGUAUAAAGGUCCUUGAAUGAAACUCUGCAGCAGGAUCAUUACAUUGUAACUCUUUGUCAGUGAGUGCAAACCUUUCUCACAUUCAGCCAAAUCACAUGAGGCUGAAUACCUGUCACACCAGAUGUUUGUUUUUGUUGGUUGCAAAGACAGUUCCCUACGUUAGCACCGUUUGCUCUUGAGUAUAUCAACUCAUCAACUCAUGUGAACAGACUGUGGACUGAAUCACACGUGUAAAAUGAUAUCACACGAAAUAACUAAUUCAGUAUAAGAGAGAUGUUUGGCAGCGGUUUUGUGAUGAACUAUGUUUUCGCGUGUUAUUGAACGCAGCACCGCUGGCUACUAUCCGCCUGUCCGUCAUAUCGCGAUAGAGUCUCCGGAGCUAGCGCUGAGCAACAUGGCGGAAGAGGAGGUGGCCAAGCUGCAGAAGCACCUGGCCCUGCUCAGGCAGGAGUAUGUGAAGAUGCAACAGAAGCUGGCUGACACAGAGAGGCGAUGUGCUGUGCUCGCUGCUCAGGGUGCUGGUCAGGGCUCCCCCAACCCUUCAGCAGCAGAGACCUUCAUUAGUCGUCUGCUGGACAUCGUGGCUGACCUCUAUCAGCAGGAACAUUACAGUGAUCUGAAAGUGAAAGUUGCAGGGGAGACGCUUUGUGCCCAUAAGUUUGUUUUGGCUGCUCGCAGUGAUGUCUGGAGUCUGGCUAACCUGACCUCCACCUCUGAACUGGACCUAUCCGAUUGUAAGCCUGAGGUUGCCAUGGCGAUGUUGCGCUGGGCUUACACUGAUGAGUUGGAACUCAGUGAGGAUGAUGCCUUUCUUAUCGACCUGAUGAAGCUGGCUAACCGCUUCCAGCUCCAGCUGCUUCGAGAGAGGUGUGAAAAAGGCGUGAUGUCCUCUGUGAAUGUCAGGAACUGCAUUCGCUUCUACCAGACAGCUGAGGAACUAAACGCCACCACGCUGAUGAACUACUGUGGGGAGAUCAUUGCCAGUCACUGGGAUGAUCUAAGAAAAGAAGAUUUCAGCACCAUGAGUGCCCCACUUCUGUACAAGAUGAUCAAAUCUAAAACAGAGUAUCCUCUCCACAAAGCCAUAAAAGUUGAGCGGGAAGAUGUGGUCUUUCUCUAUCUCAUUGAGAUGGACUCGCAGCUCCCUGGCAAGCUAAAUGAAGUAGACAACAAUGGUGACCUGGCGUUAGACCUGGCACUCUCUCAUAAAUUGGAAAGCAUUGCCACCACUCUGGUUAACAACAAAGCCGAUGUGGAUAUGGUGGACCAGAGUGGCUGGAGCCUCUUGCAUAAGGCCAUCCAAAGAGGUGAUGAAUUUGCCUCAAUCUUCCUGAUUCGCCACUCGGCUCAGGUGAACGCAGCCACAGUGGGGGCCGUGGAAACCCCACUUCAUCUGGUCUGUUCUUUCAGCCCCAAGAAACAUUCUGUGGAAGUAAUGAGUGGCAUGGCACGAAUCGCAGAGGCUCUGCUCAAGACCGGAGCCAACCCCAACAUGCAGAACAGCAAGGGCAGGACUCCGCUACAUGAAGCUGUUGCAUCAGGGAAUGAGCCAGUGUUCAGCCAGUUACUAGAGUGCAAACAGCUUGACCUCGAACUCAAGGACCAUGAAGGCAGCACAGCUCUGUGGCUGGCCCUGCAGUAUAUCACCGUGUCUUCAGACCCAUCAGUAAAUCCGUUUGAGGACGAUGCACCAGUAGUAAAUGGCACCUCAUUUGACGAGAAUAGCUUUGCAGCACAGCUCAUCCAGAGAGGGAGCAACCCUGAUGCACCUGACACUACCACAGAAAACUGCCUCAUGCAGAGAGCAGCUCGGGCAGGCAACGAGGCAGCUGCUCUUUUCCUAGCUACUCAUGGAGCGAAGGUCAACCAUGUCAACAAAUGGGGUGAGAUCCCGCUUCAUACAGCAUGUCGCUGUGGCCUGGCAAGCCUGACCGCAGAGCUGCUCCAGCAGGGAGCCAACCCCAACCUACAGACACAGAAGGCCUUGCCUGACGACACCAAUGGGGUGGCGACGCAGACCCCCCUCCACAUGGCCAUUGCUCACAACCACCCAGAUGUGGUCUCUGUCAUCCUUGAGCAAAAAGCCAAUGCACUUCAUGCCACCAACAACUUCCAGAUCAUUCCAGACUUCAGUCUCAAAGACUCCAUGGACCAGACGGUGCUGGGCUUGGCCCUCUGGACAGGUAUGCACAACAUAGCAGCUCAGCUGCUGGGCUCAGGGGCUUCUAUCAACGACACUAUGUCCAAUGGACAAACCCUGCUUCAUAUGGCCAUCCAGAGACAGGACAGCAAGAGUGCCCUCUUCCUUCUUGAACAUCAGGCUGACAUCAAUGUGAGAACUCAAGAGGGACAAACAGCACUACAGUUGGCCAUUAGUAACCAGCUGCCCCUGGUGGUAGAUGCCAUUUGCACAAGAGGAGCUGAUAUGUCAGUGGUGGAUGACAAAGGGGACCCUCCACUGUGGCUGGCUCUAGAGAACGGCCUGGAAGAUAUUGCAUCAACACUGGUCCGCCAUGGCUGUGAUGCGACUAGUUGGAGCACGGGGCCCUCUGGCUGCAAGCAGACUCUCCUGCACAGAGCCGUUGAUGAGAAUAAUGAGGUGUCUGCUUGCUUCCUCAUCCGCAGCGGGUGUGAUGUGAACAGCCCCAGGCAGCCAGGGCCAAAUGGGGAAGGAGACGAAGAAGCCCGAGAUGGGCAAACGCCCCUCCAUCUGGCGAGCAUUUGGGGAUUGGAGGAGGUGGUGCAGUGCCUUCUAGAGUUUGGAGCUAAUGUUAACACACAGGAUGCAGAGGGUCGAGCUCCUAUCCAUGCUGCCAUUAGCAGCCAGCACAACGUCAUCAUCCAGCUCCUCAUCUCCCAUCCAGACAUUCGUCUCAACAUUCGCGACCGCCAAGGAAUGACCCCCUUCGCCUGUGCCAUGACGCACAAGAACAAUAAGGCAGCAGAGGCUAUCCUCAAGAGGGAGCCAGGUGCUGCUGAACAGGUGGACAACAAAGGCCGCAAUUUUCUACACGUGGCUGUGCAAAAUUCAGAUAUCGAAAGUGUCCUGUUCCUCAUCAGUGUCCAAGCUAAUGUCAACUCCAGGGUUCAGGAUGCAGCCAAACUCACCCCUCUCCACCUAGCUGUCCAGGCUGGAUCUGAGAUCAUUGUCCGCAACCUGUUGCUUGCCGGAGCAAAAGUAAAUGAGCUGACAAAACACAGGCAGACAGCACUACACCUGGCGGCCCAACAGGACCUGGCCACUAUUUGUUCUGUGUUGAUCGAAAAUGGAGUAGACUUUGCUGCUGAGGAUGAAAAUGGAAAUAAUGCUCUGCAUCUGGCUGUGAUGCAAGGCCGCCUUAAUAAUGUGAGAACCCUACUCACAGAGUCCAACGUUGAUGCUGAGGCCUUUAAUCUCAGGGGUCAGUCACCAAUGCACGUCCUAGGCCAUUAUGGGAAAGAAAAUGCUGCCGCCAUUUUUGAGUUGUUCCUGGAGUGUAUGCCUGAAUACCCUCUGGACAAACCAGAUAAUGAAGGGAACACAGUUCUGCUCCUGGCCUACAUGAAAGGAAAUGCAAAUCUGUGCCGUGCCAUUGUGAGGGCUGGGGCUCGACUGGGCAUCAAUAAUAAUCAGGGCAUCAACAUUUUCAACUACCAAGUUGCAACCAAACAGUUGCUCUUUCGCCUUCUAGAUAUGCUGUCCAAAGAGCCCCCAUGGUGUGAUGGGUCAAACUGUUAUGAAUGCAUUGCCAAGUUUGGUGUAACAACAAGGAAACAUCACUGCCGCCACUGUGGGCGCCUCUUGUGUCACAAGUGCUCUAUAAAGGAGAUACCCAUCAUCAAGUUCGACUUGAACAAGCCGGUGAGGGUGUGUGACAUCUGCUUUGAUGUACUAACUCUGGGUGGGGUAUCGUAAUGUAUUGGUCUGGAUAUCCUCCAUCCUCUGACACUGGCCAUGCCAGGCCCAACUCGGCACAGUUUUUCAGGCACACCAGGACAAGGGACAUCAGUAGCAGGACAUACUAACAAGAGAUUCCCGGACAUGGACCAUAGCCUUUAUACUCUUCCAGUCUAUGAAAAACUAUUAAUGUUCUAGAGGGACGUUUAAAUAGAAAGUGAAACAUUGUCUUUUUGUUUCUGUUUUGAUCAAAGUAUCUUAAAGAUGAUAUAAGCAGCUCCUCCAGCUCGGUGACAGCUGGACACAAUUUGUUAACCAUUUUCCCAAGCUCAAUAAUGUGUGUUUGUACCGAUGACCUCUCAUUAUUACAAGCAGGUAACUGCUGUACAAUUUAAUCAUAAAAGAUCACUAAUGAUCAAAUCAAUAUAGAGGAGUGGUUGUCCUCCUCUGGUUGGUGUAGCCUCCUUUAUGAUGUGUGACCAAAAAAAAUCACUGCUACCAAAUGAAUAUUAACCUUCAUUUAAGAGCUGAGGCUGCUGUCAACCAAGUGACUGAACCAACAGCAGGUUCUCUGCAAACUGUCAUUCACUCUUCUGUCACCCAAAUUCUGUAUUGACUGAACGAAGUGGGACAGGCUAGGAGUAUUUCAAAGACAAGCGCCUCAUUUCAUUUUUUAAAUGAGCAUCAUGUCCAAUUGAGAUCUAAUCUAUUUAGUUAUUUUCAGAAUUAUAUCAUUGACAUUGUCUUAUUUUACCAUUAGAGUUGAUAGACGGCACGAAUGGGCAACAGAGGAAAUUCUUAAAGAAAUGACAAUUUUUUUUCCCAUGAUUAAUUCAUAUUGUCUUGUGUAGGCAUAUUCAAAUUUAGUAGAAAUGGAUAAUUCUUGACACGGCAAUUUGGGAAAAUAUGACUAUUAGAAACCCUAUUUUAUAAUGAGAACUAAAUUAUCCUUGACAACCCUCCUUAUCCCUUAGAAAAAUGCCUAUUAUGCCUGUUACUGUCAAUUAAUUUGUAGUUUUUUUUGUGUCAUAGUCAUCAUCAAAAAUGAUAUCUGAGAAUCAGUCACCAAAAACUACAUUCCAUUUUUGACCUGCCAGGAGAUCGUCGUAGGAAGUUGCGAUCAAAGUCCCCACGAUGUUGCCUCAAGUCAAGUUGUCUUGACCCAUUAUAUUGAACGCGUCUUAAUUUCUAAGCCUAACAGGUGCACUUUAUCAACAUCACAUUACAUUUCUGAUCAUUGGGGAGAAUGUGGCAUAGCGGGGCGACCGGGUAGUGGGGCCUCUUUAAGUAUUGUUAAAUUGUACAGAUAAAUGUGUGAUAUUUUUGACCACUACAACUGUUUUGUACUUAAAUGCAGUUUGUGCUUGUCAUUGUGACAAACCUAAAUCUUGCCUCUGUUAAUCUUUUAUGCACAUUGUUUAAUCUUUUAUGCACAUUGUAUUGUAUCUGUAUGCUCAGAUAUCUAGUCUGUCUCUUCCUGGUGUAUCCUUUUAGAAAAAAGGGAGGACAACUUUACAUAAAGGUCAUCAAAAACAAA